GCUGGUCACCUCCAUUGUCAAAUGUUGUCAAAGUUCUUCGAACUUGCCAAUUUUUAUUGAAUGAAAAUGACGUAGAUUUGAUACAAUAACAAUAAUUAGAUUGCAUGUUGCUGUAAUUGUAUUGAUUUGUUAAAAUACUAGUCUGAAAAAUAGUACCAACAUGUUCUGCUGUUUAAAAGGAUGCAUCAAUGGCUUCAGCCUUACGCCAAGUGUGCCAAUUCGUAUCAAAGAGAAUCCAGUUCAGCUGGAUACUUUGCAUAUGGGACACGAAGUGGUCGUUGUAAAAGGUGGUCAACGCGUCUGUGGAUCUGGAUGCGCGCUGGGGAAUGCCCCUCUGGUCCAAAACAAGGCGUAUUUUGAAGUGAAGCUGCAGCAAGGAGGAGUGUGGGCUGUAGGCCUGGCUACUAGAGAAACGGACGUCAACCGUGUCCAUGGUGGAGUGGACAAAGAGUCUUGGUGUUUGAAUAGCGAUGGCACAGUACGAAACGCAAACGUGGAACUGUACCACCUUACAGCUGCCCCACGAGACUCACCCACAGCGGACUUGCUAGUCUCAACGGGCUCUCCGAGCCACACCGAAAACGAAAAGACAAAUGAAAACGCUACCACAGCUGCUACGAUGCCGGUAGAGGGCGACACUAUCGGCGUUGCUUACGAUCAUGUGGAGUUGAACUUCUAUUUGAAUGGCAAAAAUAUGGAGAUCCCCGUCACUAACGUUAAGGGGACUGUUUACCCAGCCUUAUAUGUUGACGAUGGCGCAAUCCUAGAUAUAAACCUGGACAGUUUCUUGUAUCCGCCGCCUCCUGGCUACGAGAAGAUUAUGGUGGAACAAAGCUUGCUCUAACAAACAACAAACCUAGUAAUAUAAGAACAUGAGUGUGCUGUGGACAAUGGAACUCUAACGCGUGCUUUUGUCUCGUGAUUCUUAACCUGCGGCUUUACACUGUAUUUAUAUUUAUAAGCUGAUCUCAGUGUGUCGUCACUGUAGGCCUGUGCCUCUAGCACGAAAAACUUUCGACUUCGAAUCGUUUGCGUAUUCGAAUCGCCAUCAAAAUUUAGUAUGAAAACUUAAACAGAGCCCCGCUGAAAGUGAGCUUAGUAUGAGAAAUGGUAGCACGAAAUUAAUUUUGACAAUCAAAAUUGUCACGUUAUCGUUGAAUUCGAUCGAAUUUUAUCGAAUACCCAAACGAUUCGAAGACGAAAGUUGUUCAUGCUAGAGGUACUGAAGUAAAAUCAGAUUAUGAAAGUAUAAAAGAAGUCUAUCUUUUGAGACUGCUUAAUUUAAGUAAUGAUUCCCAUGAUUGUUUUCCACUUAAAAUUUUCUGACUUACUAGUUUUGUAUUUUAUUUUUAAGAGGUAAAAGACCAGUCGUAAAAUUUCAUUGCAUAUCACUUUAAAUUAACAAAUUAAUGAAUAAAUAACCCCACGUUUUUUUAUUAUUUGAUAUUUUAUUCUACAAUAAUUGUUAUUAAAAACCGAAUUUCUUUCUCUCAAUGAAUGGGAAGUAUUUUUUACAUGUAGAUAGGAUAAAGCAUAAUUAUUAUGAUUAUGGUCUUAUGGAAUUCAGUGUUGGCAUGCUUUGCUGAGCUUGAGUUGUGAGAUUGUACACUGAACUUUAAAAAACCCCAUUUAUUCUAACUUUUUUGAAAAAAAAAUGUAUUCCAUAAAUAUGAUUUAAAACCAUUUUUUCGAUUGCAGCCUAAAACAUUGUAAGGUCAUAUAAUCAUGCGUGAGCUAUUUUUUGGAAGUAUUUGUUAUCUCAUUUAAAGUACGUUUAUGAAUGAGAAGGAUAGAUUCCAAAAGGCUAUAUUAGAAUACCGAAUGACUUUUCAAUCGUAUGAUGUCAAUACUUAGGUACCUAUCUAAUUAAUUUGGUAUUAAUUAAUUCAGAAAAAAGUUAACUAACA